AAGUGAGACGUAUUAACUGAUGGGAGGCCUACUGUACCGUGUGUAUGGGCGGGUUGCUAUAAUGUAGCCUACCCAAAAAGCUGGUGACGCUCACAGAUCGGUGACGCUAUUGUUUUUUGCACUGCACUGACUCUACACACAAUCGCGCAGAUAGGGUGAAAUGAACACUGGAGCCUAUAGGCUAUCUGUUGACCAGUGUCAGUAUUAUCAUUAAUGCAAAUCUGUUUAUUCCUGCAGCCAGACUGGAAACGCAUGUGGUGCAAUGCUGCGUGCGCUUUCUUGCGGUGUCCUUGCUUUUCCUGGACUAUUCUGCUUUCUUAGGAAAUUUAUUUCCUGUACUUUCAAAACAUGGACCGAAGCUGAUGUUGUACUGGUUAGCGAGAGGCUGGUGUCUACCCUCCAUGCAGUUCUGGCCUCCACUGCUGGGCUUCUCAUAAUUAAAUCUUGUAAAAAUGUGAUGACUGACAGACACUGGCUGUCCACUGAUUUUGUGUGGUUUGGCGUACCCUACAUGUCUUAUGACAUUUAUGCCAUGUACCUGUGCCAUUACUAUAAUUGCCAGGUAAAAGGGCACGUUGAGUACAGAAACCACUCCCUCCACACAGUCAGGGCGUUCCUUCGAAAGGACUUCCUACUGGUCCUUCAUCACACUGUGUUGCUGACCAUCUUUUUGCCAAUCACACUGUUCUUCCGGAGAGAUCUGGGAGACUUCUUUGUUGGAUGCCUCUUCACUACAGAGUUCAGUACUCCUUUCAUUUGUUUGGGGCAGAUCCUAAUCCAGCUGGGGUUGCAGGCCAGCUGGCUGCACAGAGUGAAUGGUGUGAUGGCGCUGCUCAGCUUCUUCACGUGCCGCAUCGCGCUCUUCCCCUACAUGUACUGGGCGUACGGGCGGCACGCUGGCAUCCCCUUCCACAGCGUGCCCUUCCACCUGCCCCUGUGCUGUAACCUUGGAAAUCUCUGCAUCCUGGCGCCACAGCUGUACUGGUUCACGCUGUUGUGUCGAAAGGCUCGUCGCCUCUACCUGCGACAGGCCAAACCGAAAAGUAGCUAGAGCAAGAAGACCCCUCCAACUGUGCCGUUAUACUGCCGGGAUUUAUUGAGCAGAACUGUAACCCCACCCCCCUUCACAACCAAUUGUCCAAGCGGUGACUACUAAACCAAAGAAAUCAGAACGCUCACCUCAAAUUUAGUUAUAUUAAAUAGACGCUCGAGGCCAGGUUUUGAGAGCCCAUUUAUUCGUGCAGUAAUAUUUUAUUUGGAGGAGUUUUCUCCUUCUGCCCUCCUCUUCUUUUGCAUCAUUCAGUCAGGUGUGACUCCCAGCGACUGAACGUCUGUGUCUCAGGUGUGUAUUACUGCUGUAGCUGUGAUUGGAAUCCAUUGCCAGACAUGCAAAAUGGACUGAAAACAUGGAGGGGGGUAGAACAGUCUGCAUAACAGAGUCUAGUCUGUAUAAUAAAUUCAUAUAGAAAAUGUUGCCAAUUCAAUAUAUGAUUAGCAAAAUAAAAAUGCAACACAUUGGUCUCUCCUGCACAUAAACACUAUCAAUGGAAACAAUUUCAGAAACACAUUUUAUUUAAGCCAACUGUGAUAGUUAAAAAGCUCCAUAAACAAAGUAAAAAAAUGCAUGAAUGAAACAGCCUGGAGGCAUUCACUGAGAUGGGUGCUCCUAGAUUUCUUUAUCUCUGAAAAACUGGUAAUACACAAUUUAAGCAAGACCAACAAGAUGCAUCAGCAAAUGAAAUAAUCAA